UAGUAGCAGCAUCUUCCUCUUUGCGAUUGACAAAUUUUUUUUUUUUUUUUGUUUCCACGAGGAGCUUCGGAGAGAAGCAGGAACAUGUUCAAGAACACGUUUCAGUCUGGGUUUCUGUCUAUUUUGUACAGUCUAGGAAGUAAGCCUCUUCAGAUAUGGGACAAAGAAGUUGAGGAUGGACAUGUGAAGCGUUGCCAUGAUGAUGACAUACAGUCCAAUAUACUUGAAGUAGUUGGAUCAAACAUACAGUCUACAUACAUCACAUGCCCCGCUGAUCUUUCCGCAACUCUUGGUAUCAAACUACCCUUUCUGGUAUUGGUUGUGAAGAACAUGAAGAAGUAUUUCUCAUUCGAGAUUCAGAUUCUUGAUGACAAGAAUGUGCGCCGGCGUUUCCGAGCUUCUAACUUUCAAUCUGUGACUAGAGUAAAGCCAUAUAUAUGCACAAUGCCAUUGAAGAUGGAUGAGGGAUGGAAUCAGAUCCAGCUGAACUUGACUGAUCUUACUAGGAGAGCUUAUGGGACUAAUUACGCCGAGACUUUGCGAGUUCAGGUUCAUGCUAACUGCCGUCUCAGAAGGAUAUAUUUUGCUGAUCGUCUCUACUCGGAUGAAGAGCUUCCUCCAGAGUUCAAACUCUAUCUCCCAGUGCAGAAAGCAUGAGCGUGUUCCUGCCCCCUUGUCGUGGAAGCUACUUUUAGAUAGACCUAGAGCGUCUUAGGUUAGGUGAGAGUUUCAGGAUGGCUUGUAGCAUUCACAGCAUUUGGAAUUUGCCGUACCUUGAGCAGCUUGGCUUUGAUAAAUUAUGUUUGUUGUGUCUUUAUGAAAUGGGAUCAUAUACGCUUAAGAUUUUCAAUGAGUAUUGUACAUGACUGAAUCAUAUCAUUCAUGAUUGUGUGCUAA